UGUGCACUCUCUUACACUGCACCACCUCGCUCUCUCCGUCUAAAUAGCUUCCUCGUUCUUGUUCGUGCGUUCGUGCGUGCGUGUUUGUUUCUUCUGCAAAAUCAAAUCUGAAGUUUUUGAAUCUCUCAAUCUCAAAACACAACCUUUGUUGUUCCCAACACUGUGUUCGUUUUUGCUGCCAAGAUUAAAGCACUGAAAGAGACAGCUUUUUCCCCCUUAUGAAGAUACUGGAGUAAUAGAAAUACCAAGAUGGACCAACAUAACCAAAAUAACACUCCAGAUGGUUCAGGAGAUGUGCCUUUGAAGCGCAAACGUGGUCGGCCACGGAAAUAUCCACGGCCAGAUUCGGAGGAGGGUUCCUAUAUCCUAGCUAGUCAAAAUAAAAGGCAUACUCCUGUUCGUGCUGAACAAGCUCCAAUACCUCCUGGAUUUGAAGCGGUUAAUGGAAAUCAACUUCAAAGGGGUCAAGAGAAUCAUUCAAAUAAUGCCAUGGUGGGCCAGCUAGUUUCUGGAGUAAUUGAGGCUGUAUUUGAUGCUGGCUAUUUGCUCAGUGUUAGGGUUGGUGAUUCUGAUACUACUUUGAGGGGGUUAGUCUUCAAGCCUGGACGAUAUGUUCCUAUUUCACCUGAAAAUGAUGUUGCUCCAAGUGUUCCAAUGAUCCAAAGAAAUGAAGUUUCCUUCCCUUCAAGAUCUGCUCAGGUUCAAACUCCUCUCCCAAAGGAAAGGAAUGAACAGGCUGUGAAUGUUCAUAGAGUUGAACCUCUUGCAAUGAAUGGCUCGCCAUCUGCCCCUCAGCCUCAGGUACCUAGAGGAGCUGUUAGUUCUAGUAACUUCGUUGCCUCUUCUGGAAAGAAUGUGCCUUCUGUGACAAGCCAGACCACUCAUCAAUUAUCCAGAGCUAAUAUCGUGCCUGUAUUGCUCCAACCUAAUAAUUUUUCAAAUGGGGUACCAGUUUCUAAUCAACCAUCACAAGUCAAGACCCAAGUUUCUCUAGGGAGUGGAGUGAUUGCUGCCAAAGAAAUUCCUGUAGAUGGAAAUCAAGCGCUUACCUCUCAUACUCAAACUAGCCAGAAUUUGUUGCCAAGUGGCGUGCAAAGUGAAGAUGUUCCACAUGUUCCACAUAAUCUAUCUUCACCUAAUGUGGUGACUGAAGAUGAAGCCAAAUCUAUGAGAAUGCCUAGCAUGCCUUUUGAGCAUCUGGUUACUGAAGUUGUCAAGAGGAUCCAAGCUCCGUCAGAUGCCAUGGAUACUGAGACUGACAACAGGAAGACAGGUGACAAUAUGGUAGUGAAGGAUCCAAGCAGUAGGCAGGAAGACAAAGUUAAUGACAUGGAUCAAGCUAUCUUGAUUAAGCCUCUGCAAGCUGUACAGUCUCAUCCUCAGGAAAGCUUGGCAUCGGCUCCCAAACCUUUGGACUAUACUGAAACUAGCAGAGUGGCCGAGCUUUUGCAGGUUUUGCAGCAUAACAAACCGGAGAACCAGGCAUCGAAAGCAGCGGAGCUAGGAUCUGGAAACAAAUUGGAUGAUAUAAGGAAUUUAGGAACUGGACUUGAAGAUGGUGGAACCGUUCAAUCAACAAAGCCUUUCUGAGCAUUGAAUGUCUGCUUUAUAAACUUUAUCAUUAGUGGCUAUUGUGCCAGCAGGUUUAUCUGUCAUAAAGUAGGUAAAUCUGGCAUAGUGAAAUAUUUACUUAUUUAGUUUUUAGUUCUAGUCAAGGACCUUAAAUAAUUUUAAACUUUAAAGCCUUAUUGAGUUUUGUGGAGGAAAGGUAGCAUGUGAUAGUUCAAUUUGUUGUCUUUAUAUUAGAGACCCUACCUUCAAGUCGGAUGUUAAUUACUUUCUUAGCAAAUCAAUUAUUGUCCAAAACUUUAAUUGAAUGUUUCAAGCCAUUUUAUCAGGCAGUUUGUUGCA